AUGCAGACAGUUAACGCUGUAUUCAGAGAACCGGUAUAUCAGGUUUUGGAGAAAGUCAAGAAUGAGUCAUUCUUCAAGUGGCCGAAUAAGAUGGCUGGGGACUCCAUGAAGCGCAAUCAGAGUCUGUAUUGUCAGUACCACCAGGACCACGAACAUACUACAAAAGACUACAAGAACCUUUGGAACCACCUAGAUCAGCUGGUCCGAGAAGGGAAACUGAGGCACCUUUUGCAUCCUUCUAGUGGUCAUCAAGGCCAGGCAAACCAGGAACCCCGAAGAGACACAUCCUUAAGACCUCCCAUGGGCACAAUAAAUGUCAUCCUUACUGCUCCGGGAAGGACCAGCUCUUAUCCUUCCAAAGUAAUGUCUGUGGCUCGGCUCUCCACCGAGGAUAACGAUCAGGAGUCCAAAAAGGCCAAGAAGGGAGCCUCACCUGUGUUGAGAUUCUCGGACGAAGAUAAGAUCGGAACCAUCCAACCCCACGACGAUACUCUGGUAGUUACACUCAGGAUUGGGGGGUUUGAUGUGAAGAGAGUACUGGUAGAUCAGGGCAGUGCUGUGGAAGUAAUGUACCCCGACCUAUACAAGGGGCUGAAUUUAAAACCUGAAAACCUAACGGCGUACGAUUCCCCUUUGGUAAGUAUCAAGGGGAAAACCGUUACUCCAAGGGGCCAGAUCAGACUACCCAUACAGACUGGUUCGAACAUGGUAGAGGUGGAUUUCAUUAUAGUCGACGCCUAUUCACCCUACACAGCUAUUGUGGCUAGACCUUGGCUUCAUGCCCUAGGGGCUGUCUCUUCUACACUACACUAG